AUGAUUGCCCUCUUUUUUCUGAUUUUGGCGUCGGGAUAUAUCUGGGCGAUUAUCAUGGUGAUGAUUAUUACGGUGUUGGUGUAUCGAGAAGUGAUUCAAAUAGCGUAUUUAUCAGCCAAAGGCAACAUGCGGUGGUUCAAGUCCAUGAGCUGGUAUUACUUGAUUACAACGGAAUAUUUCUUGUAUGGAGAAUCCAUCAUUUAUUAUUUCAAGGAAAUUGUGAUGGUAGAUGCUUUUUUAUUACCAUUUGCCACACAUCAUCGAUUCAUUAGUUUCGUUCUUUACGUCAUUGGCUUUGUAUUUUUCGUCAUGAAUUUAAAAAAAGGAUUGUACAGACAACAAAUGUCCCAAUUUGGUUGGACCCAUAUGGCCAUCUUUUUAAUUGUCUUUCAAGCCCAUUUUAUUGUGGAUAAUAUAUUAGAAGGAUUGAUCUGGUUUGUAUUACCUGCAGCGCUUGUUGUCUGUAAUGAUAUAUUUGCCUAUAUCUGUGGUUUCUUUUGGGGACGCAACCAAUUAUUACUCUUGUCUCCGAAAAAGACAGUAGAAGGAUUUGUUGGUGGUUGGAUCUGUACCAUGAUCUUUGGUUUAUUGUGGACAACCUUGCUGAUGCGUUUUAAUUACAUGAUUUGUCCUGUAAAGGAUUUAUCCUUGUCUGCUUGGUCCAACAUUGAAUGUGAACCUGUCAAUCCAGUAUUUGUCUCAAUCCCUUGGAAGUUACCCACCAUGUGGAUUGCUCUUGGAAAAGCCUUGGAAUUCACGCAUAUCUGGAUUGCACCUAUUCAAUUACAUACAUUGGUGAUGUCUUGUUUUGCAUCCUUAAUUGCUCCAUUUGGAGGUUUCUUUGCAUCUGGUGUAAAGAGAGCAUUUAAUAUCAAGGACUUUGGAGAUACCAUCCCGGGUCAUGGAGGAUUAACGGAUCGUAUGGAUUGUCAGUUCCUGAUGGGAUUAUUUGCAUUCAUGUAUUACCAGAGUUUUAUCAAGAUGCAUCAUAUCUCUGUAGGCACCAUCCUAGCCUUGGUCAUAAAUAACCUGUCCUCCAAGGAACAAUUGGAACUCUUGGAGAGACUUCAAACCUAUCUAGUAAAUCAAGAUCAACUUCACUCACAAAUUGAAAAUGUCAUUUCCAGAGCCCAAAACUUAAUUUCUGGAACCACAUAA